AUGGCUUGCAUCGAAGUUCCAUCAGCAAAUGCUGAUUCUGAAAUGGAAGAGGGAGAAAUAGUCGAUGAAGUUGAUGUUCUUUCUGAUAUAUCUUCAGAGGAAGAGUUUUUAUUACGGCAAAGAUUACAGGUCUUAGAAAAUUAUAACAAUGUCCUUGAACGUAAAGAAGCCAAAAGAACAUCAAUCGGAUCAGGUAAAGAAUAUUCAAGAAGAGAAAUAUUAUGUGAUCUUUCUGAAAUUUCUGGUACAGAUCCAGAAUGUGGUUUCAAAAAAUUAACAUUGAGGAUUUCUAAUGAUAAAAAACACGUCCGGCCUCAUCACAAGUCAAAAAAAUUAAGACAGAUAGAUAAGGACCCAGGAAGGAUUAAAGAUCAUAAGAAAAAAAAUCAUCGUAAGAAAAAAAUAGGCCUUAAAAGUGAUAGUGAUAGUAGUCAAUAUUCAGAUGAUGACUAUCUUAGUAAACGCCGUAAAUUGGCUGAUGCAGUUUCUUUUAAUAAAGAAAAACAUGAUACAUCAACAUUAAAAGAUAGGCUAACUAAGAUGUUAAGUGCAAAUAAAGUUAGUAAUCAAGGAAUUACGCAAAAUGUAAUUAAGAAUAACAAGGUAGAAUCAUCUGAUAAAGAGCCAAGCUUAGUUCAGGUAGAAUUAAAAGAUACACCAACUUGUAAUGAAAGUAUAGAGGCCAUUAAAAAUACUGAUAUUUCACAAGAUGUUGUAGACAGUUCUAUUGAGAAAAAAGAAGAAAUUCGUGAUAGUGACGGUACUUCAGAUGAGGAUCUAGAAAUGCUUCGACAGCAUGCCCUUAAAACAAAAUCUGCUAAGGCUAAGAAUGACUUGUCAGAGAAAAAUAAUUCUGAAAAUAAAGCUGAUAUAAAUUCGGAGGAUGAAGACAGUGAUACGGCAGAAUUAAGAAUGAUAUGUCUUAAGUCCGCGUUAUUGAAGAAAGCUAUCGAAAUGAAACAAAAACAAAAGUUACAAAAAAGACUUUCUCAGUCCUCCAAUAUGCACGAAUUCGAUAUAAGUAACCAAGAUGAUAUUAAUGUAGAUAAUAAUACAGAUAUAGAAUCUGUAGAUAUGGAUAUAGGUUCAGAUGGUGACGAUAAAGGGAAAGUGUACAUAACUGAAUGUUCUAAACCAGAUACAAAACCAAGUGAUGGAUCCCAAAAUGUUUCAAAAGAUGAUGAAUUGGAAGAAGAUGAAGAUUUAUUACGAGCCAAAUUAUUGACUUCUUUAAGUAAAAAUCUGCCAAAUCUUGUAGACCUUAAUGUUUUAGAUAAGACUUUAAAAGAAGUAGAGAGUAAAAAUGAGGAUACCAAGGUUAAGACCCAACCUAAAAACAUAGAAAAAAAGAAGUUCAUAAUUCAACUUGGUGAAUCAGAUUCAGAAGGAGAAGACGAAGCUACUAAAAAUUUGACAGAAAUGCACAUGAAGUUAUCGAAACAGGCUGAAUUCCAGCAGAAAUUGGAUCUCUUCUUGAAAUCUACUAGAAUGGAAGUAGAGAAGACUACUUUACCGGAUGUUGUCCAAGAACCUCUACCAAGACCACCCGAAAAAUUUGUUGCAAAGGCUAUGAAUCAUCUCCCAAAAUCAGAACAAAUAGAAUAUAAAAACUUGGUAAAAAGAAUGGCGGAAUUAGAAAAAGUAAAACAGGCUAGACAAAAUAUUCUUAUUAUGAAUAAUAUGACUAAAGAAACUCUUAAAUCGAGAAACGUUUCUUUAGAGUCAUAUAAGUUAGAAUCUGCCAAAAAGCUAGAGGAAAAAAUUGCACUGUCAAGGAAAAGAAUAGCUGAAGAAUCUGCAAAAAUGUUAAAAUUGAAAGAAGAAGCGACAAAAUUAUCACAACGAUACAAAAUAGUGGCAACAGAGCUACGGAAUAUAACAACCGCGAUAACGUUGAACAAAAGACAGCAGAAAACAGUUCAGAAUGGCUUGUAUAAAAUAAGACAUCAACACCAAAUACUUUUAAAAAGCUCACCUAUAAAACAUUCCAACCAAAUUUUAUAUAUAAGACCGUCAAUAGAUAAAGUUACCGCUAAUAAAUUACAAAAAGAGAAUGAUCCUUUAAAAGAAGAACAUAAAAAUCCUAAUAAUUUAAAAGCAGUUAAAGUAUGUGUCGUCAAUGAUUUUAAGGAGACCACAGCAGGAAAUCCAAAUCCAAAAUUAUCGGUUCAAGUAGAUGUAUGUAAUAAUAAAAAAAUCGUAAAGCUGCCAAAAAGUCCUCUUAAAGAUAGAAUAGUUGAUUUUAAAAAGCCUAGUCAAAAAAAAACUCAAGAUGAGUGGAUUAAUGAAAGAACUGAAAUUAUGCAUGAAGUAGAGUCAAAAAGGCUACAAUGCUUACCUGAUAAUGAUAAGGCUAAAGACAAUUUUAAUGAAUAUAAAUCGCCUCUAGAUGCGUUGCAGUGUAAAAAGGAUGUGGCCAAGCGUACGAACAUCGCGUCCUGCAUUGCGAUCUGGGAAGAGGAUCCGAAUGGCGUUCUAUGUCCUUUCGAAUUCAGCGGCAGUUGCAGGGAUGCAGAAUGCAAAUACAUACACCCAAAAGUCCCAAAACAA